AAAUAGCUCGGAGGAGUCUGUUUAAAUAAGAGCCAGACAAAACCCGUGGCGUAAGACAGAUGCUGACCUGCUCUGAAGAGCCCACGAAAAAGAGGAAAUCGUGUCAGGUACGUGGUUACAGAGCCUUACUGCAAAUGAAUCCCGCGUCUUCACAGGCUUUGGGGAUUCAUUUUAUUUUUUACACAGGGGCGGGGGGGGGAGCGACACACCCUCAUAGUGCUGAGCAUCAACCUCUCCUUUUCCCGUUCAGAAGCACUCACUCCACUGCACGUUGUAGGAGCACACUCAUUUAAAUAGGGUUAAAACUUUACGGGGAAAAGCAAGGGCGUGAAAGCACGAUUAGCAGUUGACUCUCUCUCGCUGUGGACAGUUAUAAAAUGAAGUUGGACCAUAAAACUGUGGUAAAGUGUGUGUGUUUAAAAAAACAAAAGCAGGUUAACGUGCAUAACCGACACCUCUAGGCUGUGAUGGGGAAAGUAUAUUAAUAAAACAGAUCUAGUGCUUGAGGGGGAAGCUAUUGCGCUUCAUGACAGGAGAGAGAUCACCGCUAAGUAGUUAGAUGGAUUCACCUGCAGCUCUUGAUCAGUCCCCCUUGAAGCCGCCUGGCACACACUUCCUACCUGCCUCACUUUCCCUCACUCCUCGCCUGGGCUAGACAGCCGGGGGCGCAGCAGCAAUGCUGGAGGAAGUUGAGGCUUUAAGGGAUGUUUGAGAUUAAACUUCAGAUUGUAGGGGGUACUAUUGCUGUACCAUUGACGUGAAACUGAAAGUAUCCCACAUCAGAAUUAAACAGACCUGUGACAACAGCAGCGUGUGUGUGUUUGUGUGUUUCUCCAUUAAAGAGAUAGGGUCUCGUUUCCAACAGGUCUCCUCUAAUUUCUCCACAGACUCUCCCCAAAGGGCGUUUAUAACCCAGCGCGUGCACUGAUCACACAUUUACACGCACACAAAAAGAGCCUUCCGAUCGGAAGCAGCUGAGAAUUCAGCGACAGCUCCGACCACUUGCAUUCCCUACUGGCUCUGUGAACAAACUGAAAGAUUUCCAUUCCCUCCCCCCCAACCUCCGAGUAACGUCAUUAUUACAGUUUUGCGUGUUAAAAUAUUUCUUACAGUCACAGCAAGCUUCUUCUUUCCCCUUCCUGUGCUAGAUCCACUUCUUCCCUCCUUUGCACCUUUUCUGUCUGUCCCUCUCUCUGCGUUCUCCUGGCGGGAGGCUGCUGGGGCGCGCGCUCAAAGCUCGGGCUCGCCACUGCACACGCUUUAUAUCCGUUCUGCGGAAGAAUUGCCACAAACGCUCUCUUCCUCCUCUCCCGCCUAUCCUUAUUGCAACCCGCUCCCGCCCCGAGCCCGGCGUGGGGGAAUGUGUGUGUGUCCCCGGUAAGUUACAACCCACGCUGCUCAGGCUGCCGCAUCCUCAGUCCCAACUCCCGCCGCUUCUCUGCGCCCCUCUGACCAUUUGCUCGGCUUGGGUCACCCUGCUUCUUGUCAGCAGCGUGGCUGGGUUUUGUGCCCCGCGCAUUGCUUGCUGCGCUCCCGUUUUUUUAGUUUUAUCAGACCCAGUCCCUGCUCGUUACAGCUCAGAGCCCGGCUUGGCUUUGCAGGCUGCCUGGGCUACUUUCAUUUUUUUUAGUGAUUGGACGGGGGGUAUGAAGUGCCACCGCCUCCCUUUUGCCUUCUCUGCUCCUGCAGCUCCUCACCCUCCGCCUCUUUUCUCCUGGACUAUGAAACUCUUCUCCGUGCUCCCCUCUCCAAGCUCAAAGCAAGGAGGCUGCUCCUGGCCGCCUCUCCCCUCGCUGCUCCAAGUGCAGAACUUUUCUCCUGCGACCCCCUUGCCCACUCUCGGCCUUUGUGCUGCCUGCCAGGGACUGUCACUGCGUCUCGGGGCAAUGCAAUGUAAAGUUUUUAAUUGCCUGGCUUUGCCUGUUGGGUGGGCUCCCAGAUACCUGCCUAGCCUCCCCCUCCUGGGAGCAUCCCAUCGCAUUUCACUUGGGCGAUCCUCUCUGCUUUUUUCAGCGUCUGUGUGUGCGCGCCGCUGUUUGCAUUUAUUUAUUUAUUAUUCCCGCUCCCCUCCUGGCCACUCGUGCGUUUGCCUUCUGCACUUACUCCUCUGCGGCCACUUCAGCACUGCGUGCCCGGCUCCUUUCCCCUCCACCCCAACCCCCCUACUCCGCGAAGCACCGUGCGCCUGGUGUCUAGUGCUCCCCCCUCCCUCUCCCCCCUCCCGCUCCCCCCUGCGAUCACUGUCCAUUGGCUUGUCCUGGUCUCUUUUUCAUGUCCAGCCCUGAUGAGUGUCCAUUGGUGUUGCCUUCCUCUUUCCCUCCUCCCCCUCUCUCCAGCUGCCUGCCCAUGUUUUGUAUGUCUCUGUCCAGUCCAGCUGCCUGACGUUCAAGUUCGCAGGAACGUCACGCCGCACUUGAACUUGCAGUCAGGGGGGUUUUGCCAUUUUUUUCAUCUCUCUCUCUCUCCUUCUUCUCUCUCUCCCUCUCUCUCUUUUUCUUGCACCAAAAAAAAAAAAAAAAAAAAAAGCCAUGACUGCUAUCCCACAAUUCAUCUUCCCUGCGCCAUCUUUGUAUUAUUUCUAAUUUAUUUUGGAUGUCAAAAGACAUUGAUGAAGAUAUUUUCUCUGGAGUCUCCUUCCUUUCUCACCCGGCUCUCCCGAUGUGAACCGAGCGGCUCACAAGCCACCGCAGCCACCAACCCACCAUGUCUCGCCGCAAGCAAGGCAAACCCCAGCACUUAAGCAAGCGGGAAUUUUCGCCUGAACCUCUUGAAGCCAUUCUUACCGAUGAUGAACCAGAGCAUGGCACGUUGGGAGCUCCAGAAGGGGAUCAUGACCUCCUUACUUGUGGCCAGUGUCAGAUGAACUUCCCGUUGGGGGACAUUCUUAUUUUUAUUGAGCACAAACGGAAACAAUGCAAUGGCAGUCUCUGCUUAGAGAAGGCUGUGGAUAAGCCACCUUCACCCUCACCAAGUGAGCUGAAAAAAGCAUCCAAUCCUGUGGAGGUUGGCAUCCAGGUCACACCAGAGGAUGACGAUUGUUUAUCAACGUCAUCUCGAGGAAUCUGCCCUAAACAGGAACAUGUAGCAGGUAAAGAUGAGCCCAGCAGCUACACGUGUACAACUUGUAAACAGCCUUUCAACAGUGCAUGGUUUCUCUUGCAACACGCACAGAAUACUCACGGAUUAAGAAUCUACUUAGAAAGCGAGCAUGGAAGUCCCCUGACACCGCGGGUUGGUAUCCCAUCAGGACUAGGUGCAGAAUGUCCUUCACAGCCACCACUCCAUGGAAUUCAUAUUGCAGACAAUAAUCCGUUUAACUUGCUAAGAAUACCUGGGUCAGUAUCAAGAGAGGCUUCAGGUCUUGGAGAAGGGCGUUUUCCACCCACACCUCCUUUGUUUAGCCCUCCCCCCAGACAUCAUUUGGAUCCACAUCGCAUAGAACGUCUGGGUGCAGAAGAAAUGGCUCUUGCAACCCAUCACCCUAGUGCCUUUGACAGGGUGCUGCGACUGAACCCCAUGGCUAUGGAGCCACCAGCUAUGGAUUUCUCCAGGAGACUUAGAGAAUUAGCUGGAAACACCUCCAGUCCACCAUUGUCACCAAGCCGGCCCAGCCCUAUGCAAAGGUUACUGCAGCCAUUCCAGCCAGGCAGCAAGCCACCAUUUCUGGCAACACCGCCCCUUCCUCCUCUUCAGUCAGCCCCUCCUCCUUCCCAGCCUCCAAUAAAAUCCAAGUCUUGUGAAUUUUGUGGGAAAACAUUCAAGUUUCAGAGUAAUUUAGUAGUACACCGUAGAAGCCACACUGGAGAAAAACCCUACAAGUGCAGCCUCUGUGACCACGCAUGCACUCAGGCCAGCAAGCUAAAGCGUCACAUGAAAACACACAUGCACAAGUCAUCCCCCAUGACUGUCAAGUCAGAUGACGGGCUCUCCACAGCCAGCUCCCCAGAGCCUGGAACCAGUGAUCUCGUCGGCAGCGCAAGUAGUGCCCUCAAAUCUGUCGUGGCCAAGUUUAAGAGUGAAAAUGACCCCAAUAUGAUUCCAGAAAAUGGGGAUGAGGAAGAAGAAGAGGACGAGGAGGAAGAGGAAGAGGAAGAAGAGGAAGAGGAGGAGGACUUAACUGAAAAUGAAAGGCCAGACUAUGGCUUUGGCAUUAAUCUAGAAGCAGCUCGUCACCAUGAAAACAACUCCAGGGUUGGUGAGGAGAACCGUUCUAUGCCAGAUGUCAUGCAGGGGAUGGUCUUGAGUUCCAUGCAGCACUUCAGUGAGGCUUUUCACCAGGUCCUCGGAGAGAAACAUAAACGAGGGCACCUGUCUGAAUCUGAGGUACACAGAGACACUUGUGAUGAAGACUCAGUAGCUGGAGAAUCAGAUCGCAUUGACGAUGGCACUGUUAAUGGCAGGGGGUGCUCGCCUGGUGAAUCUGCCUCUGGAGGUUUAUCAAAAAAGCUGCUCUUGGGUAGCCCCAGCUCUCUGAGCCCUUUCUCAAAACGCAUUAAACUUGAGAAAGAGUUUGACCUGCCUGCUACAGCUAUGUCUAACACAGAAAAUGUUUACUCCCAGUGGCUGGCUGGGUAUGCUGCCUCUAGACAGCUAAAAGAUCCAUUCCUCAGCUUUGGAGACUCCAGACAAUCGCCUUUUGCCUCUUCCUCAGAACACUCAUCAGAAAACGGAAGUUUGCGCUUCUCCACGCCUCCAGGGGAGAUGGAUGGAGGGAUCUCAGGCCGCAGUGGCACAGGAAGCGGAGGAAGCACCCCACAUAUUAGUGGCCCAGGCCCUGGAAGGCCUAGCUCAAAAGAGGGCAGACGCAGCGACACUUGUGAGUACUGUGGGAAAGUCUUCAAGAACUGUAGUAAUCUCACUGUCCACAGGAGGAGCCACACAGGCGAAAGGCCAUAUAAGUGUGAGCUUUGCAACUACGCCUGCGCCCAGAGUAGCAAACUCACCCGGCACAUGAAAACACAUGGUCAGGUGGGAAAGGACGUUUACAAAUGUGAAAUUUG